UUAAAAUGUGUGAGGUAUGUCCAAUGAUCUAUACCAAUUUACGAUCCCUACACACCGGGAGAAAUAGAAGAUAGUGAAAAGUGAAAACAGUGCAACACAGUUGACAUUGAGUGUUGUACUUUGAGUGUUGUACUUGUUGUGAGCUACCUUACUUACUGUACAAAAGCUCUUGAGCACAAUCAGUGUAUCGUCCCAUGAUCAUCUCCAGCUAAGCUCAUUUGGCAAAAAAUAAUGUCGACAACCACAUUCGAUCUUCCAUUAUGAAUCAUCAUGUGGUUCACACUUGCUAUCCGAUCAAAUCCAGACAUAAAAUAUACAAGCUAGCUAACAUAAAGCCUAUUCUACUGCAGUUCAUUCCACGCAAGUUGUUUUGCCUCGAUGACAUUCGUUCCUGCUUGUGUCACAUGAAUAAGGAACCGGUUGAACAAAGAAGAAAAUAAUCUGUAAUUUUCCUGCUAUCGACUUUCCAAAGGGAUCAAACCAGUGCUAAAAAAAGUCUGGCCCUGGAAUGAUCUGUCCCCAGUAUUAUUUACGCUGGAAGAAUAAAAGGCCUGCCCAUUGGCAGAUGGUGUCCUCAUUCGACUUGGCUUCCUUUGGAAGAGGCUAACUGUGGCAGGCAGGCAGUAUGUCAAAUGGGAACGAGUCCUGCAUGUUUGGUGAUAGAGAUGAUUUUCUAUCCUGCCUCUUUCACACAUUUGAGGAAUGGUCAGGACUAGGACCACUGGAAGACUAUCUGAGCUAUCUGGAGCACCUGGCCUGGGUUUUCACCCCUCUGGUUGUCGUUUUCAUCUUGCCCUUCCUCAUUGUGAUCUUCCUCUACCUUUCCAUCCUCUUCCUCCAUGUGUACAAACACAAGAACCAGCUCAGGGAGGCCUACUCCAACAACCUGUGGGAUGGUGCUAGAAAAACGCUGGCAACGUUAUGGGAUGGCCACGGGUUCAUCUGGCACGGAUAUGAAAUCCAUGGUAUGGAGAAGAUUCCCGAUGAAGGAGCAGCUCUUAUAGUCUAUUAUCAUGGGGCUAUUCCCGUUGACUAUUAUUACUUUCUGGCAAAGGUCCUCAUUCAAAAGGGACGGAUUGUUCACUCAGUCGCUGAUUACUUUCUGUUCAAAGUUCCAGGGUUCAAGCUGCUGUUGGAGGUGUUCAGUGUCAUCCACGGGCCCCAGGAGGAGUGUGUGAAGGCCCUAAAAAGUGGUCACCUCCUGGGCAUCUCACCUGGAGGUGUGAGGGAAGCCCUCCUCAGUGACGAGACCUAUCCACUGCUCUGGGGGAAGAGAAAGGGCUUUGCACAAGUGGCUAUCGAUUCCAAAGUGCCAAUAAUUCCGAUGUUUACUCAAAACGUCAGGGAAGGAUUCCGAUCUCUCGGAGGAUUAAGCUUUUUCAGAUGGUCGUAUGAAAAGUUCCGCGUGCCGAUGGCCCCUGUCUAUGGGGGUUUUCCUGUGAAGUUUCGUACAUACCUAGGCAACCCCAUCCCAUACAACCAUAACAUUAGUGCAGCAGAAUUAGCUGAAAAGACACAGCAAGCAGUUCAAGCACUCAUUGACAGACACCAAAUAAUUCCUGGGAAUGUCCUUCGAGCAUUACUAGAGCGAUUCCACAGCAGGCAUAAAGACAAAUAUCCUUUUGAAUAGCCUUUUGUUAGUUAAAUGAAGCAGUUACUUGUUUUUAAGACAAACUGUUAAGAGUAUUAUCAGGUGAUAAAUUGAAUGUUUAACUGAUUCCCAGUUUCUGUUAUUUCACUAUAUUAGUACUUUUUACACUCAAUUUGUCACAAACCAAGUACAGAAAAUAAGGUAAAUUGUAAAGGUGUCAUAUAGCCUACAACUGUAAUUAGAAUCGUUAAUGUCAAAUGUGCAAAUUGAAGACAUUUGUGCAUUGUUGUAUGAUCCCACAAUUGAUUUGCACAAAUUGUUCAAAGUUCCACUGGCAAUUUCAAUUUAAGAGGUCUUUCUUUUGCUUAACAACUGCAAAUAUUGGAGCAAUAUAGCAAUUGAUAUACAUGGAACAAUAUAGGUAUGGAGACUGGGCUGUUUUAUUUUCUUUCAUCUGUGUACAAUGUUUGCCUUUUGAUUGAAAUAAUUGUAUAAUUUCUUUUAAUUUGGGGAUUUUGUACAUUGUAUUAUGUAGGUAUGUACUAUAGCAUAUGCACUUUUAAAACCUGUUGAGGUCCAUUGUCAGUGUGAUUCAAGACGGAAAUUAUUUGUAAUGUUACAAUAAACAUGUUUUAAUGAGUUUUGCUGGUUACAAGUAAUUCCUUUAAAAGUGAGUACACUUCGGGGUGUACUCACUUUUGUUGCCAGCGGUUUAGACAUUAAUGGCUGUGUGUUGAGUUAUUUUGAGGGGACAGCAAAUUUACACUGUUAUACAAGCUGUACCCUCACUACUUUACAUUGUAGCAAAGUGUCAUUUCUUCAGUGUUGUCACAUGAAAAGAUGUACUCAAAUAUUUACAAAAAUUUGAGUGGUGUACUCACUUUUGUGAUAUACUGUAAGUCAAAUGUAACUAAUGUUUAAGUUCACUGUAAUGUGUAGCCUAUGCUAAAACCCACUUAGUGUAUUUUUUUGUACUAACCUGUCGAAUAAAAACAUUGCCCACUGAUGCCAAUCCAAAGGUGAGAAUGACCUAAUAUUUCCAAUAAAGAAUGAUGGGAUUUCUUCAAUGGCUUUUGGGGAUAUUUCUCAGCAGACAAACUCCAUAACACUUACAUCUCACAGUGAUGAGCAACACCACAAACUCAGGCCUGCAGAGAUCUGAGUUAUGGAACAUUGUUGGUAUCCACAUCACAUAUUGUACAGCUUAUUUCAGUCCAGUACUGUCUAGUUAUGAGGCUUUGACACCUGUACAGCUCUCCCUGUCUGUCCUGAUAUCCUGUUCACCUAUUUGCCUCUGGUGGGCUGCAGUAGCCACUGGUUGUGUCCCAAAUGGCACCCUCAUCCAUGUAGUGCAGUACUUUUGGCUAGGGCCCAUAGGGUUAUAGGGUCUGGUCAAAAGUAGUACACUAAAUAGGGAAUAAGGUGCUAUUUGGGACACAUACAUUGUCAGUGGAUACAACCUCUUCAAUAAUGAAUGAAGAGGUAAAUUGCACCUAUUAUCUAGUAUGUCAUCAUGCAGAAGGUACAUUUUACCCGCACAUACCUAUUUGCAUACUGUAUACACACAGUAUUCAAAGCCAAGAACUCAAUGCACUUAAAUGGAUCGGUGUGUAAAUGUGCUGAUCUUUUGUUCAUUCACUGCCCAUUCUGCAAACACUGCAUUAUAUCAAUACCAAUGCUGUUGGAAUGCUGUAUAACCAGUGGCUCUAGUGAACAUAUAUGAAUCAUGGUAUAAUACAUUACCAUUAUACCCAUAUCUUUAGAGUUGCAUGCACAUAAUGUGACAACCUGUGUUACCGAAACACAAAUUAUCUAAGUGGAGGCUGAAGAAAUGGCCACAGUGUACUUUAUUAAAUUAAUUUUGGUACUUUGUGUUGCAUUAGAAUCAAAUAAAAAUGUACAAAAAUUCAAUAUAUACAAAAAUGUAAUGUUCUGUUUUUACUGUUCAAUUUAUAAUAACAUUAGUUUAAUUCUGAUUGAAUGCAGUUCAAGCACUUCAGACUUUCAUUACACAAUGCAACUUACUUAAAAUACCAAUAGUUAACAGUUUUUUAGUUUUUUUGCCUUUUUGUCAUUUAAUACAUCACAUACACCACACUAUUUUAAUCUGUAUUACAUCAUAUGUAACUGCCGUCUUGUGGCGGCGACCUC